CAGCACACACACCAGUAACACCAGUAACACCAGCACACACAAAGGUAGAGAAGUUUGAUUGUUUCGUGUGUUGCAGGCUAAAGAGGCGAUCCUGGAGAUGGAUUCCUUGUAUCCCUCCAGGUAUCGUUACAGUCCUGAGCGGCUGAAGAAAGCUCUCUCCUGUCAAUCUGACGAGUUUCAAAAAGACGGUCGUCAGGGGCGACGACAAUCAGAGCCGAACAAACAAACACCGAAGAGCAGCAGAGCCGCCAUAAAGCACUCAGACAGUGAGGGCGUGCUCCCCGGGAAACGGCGCUCCCUGCAGCCCGCCACCAGCAGCUCCACGCCGGGCUCCGGCCCGGGCGACUCCGAGGCCGACCACGCCGCCGCUGACAAUGAGGAGGAGGAAGAGGAGGAGGAGGAGGAGCUCGGCAGCAGGAAGGACUCUCUGGAGCGACUGCUCUGCAGCGAGGAGGAGGAGGAGGAGGAGGCGGGGACGUUGUCUCCUCAGCGGUCUCAUCGGACGCCGGCGGAGGACAGCGAGCCGGACGACCUUCUGCUGGAGGACGAGCAGGUAGACGACUUCGCCAGCUCCGUGCUGGCCGCCAUCUCCUGCUGGCACCAGCGGGCCCAAGCUCUGCUCUCGGCGGGGGUUACCAUGGUGACGGAGGCGGACGCUAGUGGUGUCUCCAACGGCUGUGAGCAAGAAAAUGGACGACUUCCUGAAGAGGACGAGCCAGGAGGAGCUGAACCGACGAACCAGCAGCCCUGCAGAGACGAGCUGCCACAUGAGAGGACGUCAGAGUCUGAACAGACAGAAGACCUUGAACCAGAAGCAUCCUCUGAUCCGAACAGUUUGUCUUCUGCUCCUCCCACGAUCUCAGCGUCUCCUCCGAGGUCAGAGGACCUGAAACCUGAAGGAGAUCCAGACCCCACAGAGCUGCCGUCCUCCGCCACGCCCGACUCAGAUUCAAAGACCCUGAGCAGCGGGGAAUCCUCAGAGGACGAGGAGGACGUGAAGGAGGCCCCAGAGAAAGGAGGUAAAACCUCCAGCAUCCUCCCGUCCUCUGUCCUGGACAAAGCCAGCGCCAUCGCUCAGCACUUCACCAACAGCAUCCGGCGAGGCAGCCUGUCCCAGGACGACACACGCUCCCUCAGCUGUGCGUCACCGCGGCUUCCCAGCAGGACCGGCAGCAGCAUCAGCCUCAGCGCCGAAAACCCCGACCGAGCUCUGUGCCUCAACAGUAUCUGCUCCGAUCCAGCAGAGACCUUCGGCAUGACGGAUUUGACCCUGCUGUCUCCGCGGGACGACAGCCUCUUUGACGCCGACCGAGGCAUUCGGAGGAGGCGAGACUCCACCCUGUCGAAGCAGGACCAGCUGCUCAUUGGCAAAAUCAAGAGCUACUACGAGAACGCAGAGAGCCAGGACGCCUCCUUCUGCCUGCAGCGCCGAGAGAGCCUGACGUACAUCCCGACCGGGCUGGUCAGGAGCUCGGUCAGCCGCCUCAACAGCAUCCCGAACAGUGAAACCUUUCAGGUGAAUCCCUCAAGCUCCACCUCAUCCUCCAGUCUGGAGCCAAACACAGCUUUACCCUCAGACACUCGGCGCCACGUUGUCUCCAGCGACUCUUUGGACCCUUUUAAGUCAGAACAGAGGAGCACAGAUCCAGAGGAUUCAGAGGAGGGCCUCUGGUCCAGAUCUCAAAGCCUGCAGGACUAUCAGGGUGAGGACGAGGAGUUCAGACCGUCAUCUGAAAUGAUCAAAAUCUGGCAGACGAUGGAGAGAAAGAUCACCAGGUCUCAGAGCGAAGACAGAGGACGAGAACGAUCGCGAGAGGCUUUGAGAAGAUCCAGAGCAAAUAACCUGUCGGACGCGACUAAGUCCACAAGCUGUGACCGCGAGAGAGGAGCGUCUGGCCUCAGCGACAUCACAGAGGAGUCCAGGAGUCCGUCGCCUCUCAAGCUCAGAGCCUGCGGUGUGAAUCGGACAGGAAGUCUGAAGGACACCCUGAAGGUGUUCGGGGAAGAAUCCGGCGGCCUCAGGGCUCCGAUUCCUCGAGUCGCUCAGCUGAAGGCGGAGGGGCAAAGACCCGGCGAGGAUUCGAACCAACUAGACGACAACUCCAAGAGCAAAGUCCUCCAUCUGGCCCGUCAGUACAGCCAGAGAAUCAAAACCACCAAACCGGUGGUCCGACAGAGAAGUCAGGGCCUCCUGAUGGGCAAGAAGACUUUACCCUGCGUGGUGGAGGAGCGUGAGAGCGCAGGUAAACCCAGCCUGACUCUGCCGCUCGUGUCUCAGAGCCAGGCGUCCUCUCAGCCGCUGAGCCCUGCAGACCGCUCUGGGACGCCCGGCCUCGCCUGCCGCUCCGCGCUGGCGUCCUCGGGUCAGGCUCGCUCUCGCAGCCCCCUCAGCCCCCUCAGUCCUCCGCUGCCCAUCGAGGGCUUCAACUGGCCCGACGUUCGACAGCUCCGCUCCAAAUACUCGGAGCACGGCCGCUCCCAGACCACUCCCGUCAGCCGGAGUCGCUCCAUCCCAGAGCAGAUGUUUGACGGCAGUCUGAGGAGGCACUCCAGCUGCUCCUCCAGCCUGCUGCUCGCCGACGGAGCUUCAGGCGCUCCUGAGAACAAGUCUCGCGGCAGCCGGGACGCCAGCGGAGAGGAACGCAGGAGACGGCUUCAGAGAGCCAAUUCUCUGGACCCUCGGCUGAGCGGAGCACAAAUGACCGAGCUGCAGAAGCUCCAGGAUCAGGCCACUCACGGCGACUACGAAGGUUAUUACGUCGCAGCCGAGGCGUCGCUUCCAGACGACCCCGAACACAAGAUCGUCGUCGUGGAGAAGUUUCCGGAGCCUGAGUCAGAGGUGACUCCGGCCGCCAAAGAAGACGAGGACGACAGCUACAUUCAGAUCCGCUCGCCGACUAGCAGGGAGAAGAUCUCCAUCAUGGCCGUCAUCGACCGCUGCCGCGUCUAUCAGGAGUCCGACGAAUACAAACAGAGGGAGGACGUGAAAGCCAAAGCUGAGCCGGGGAGGCCUCCGGAGCCGGACGCCGGCGAUCAGGACGACGAGUCACAGAAAAUAAACGGCGGACAGAAGACGGACGGUGGGCAGCAGAGCAUCGUGAAAAAUCUGAGAGAAAAGUUCCAGAAUCUGAGCUGAAAAAAACGGCGCCAAAAAACCCAAAAAGUUAAAAAAAAAAACUCUGAAUGAGGGAAGCCAAAGACGCAGAAAGCAACCUGAGGAGCCAGUCACCACUCAGACGUGUUUAACCCUUUCAGUGGUGGACAGAUGGUCGGCUUUCACAGCAAAACUGAUUCCACAGCAGGAAACUGGAGAGGACAACUUCUGCUCAGUUCACGGGAUUAUCCAAAAAUGAUGAUUGUUUUAUUUGGCAAACAUAUAAAAAAAACAAGAUCAUGACAGGAAGCGUUUAAAUGAAAUAAAAGUCCAAUUUCACACGGAUACAUAAUCAGAGGUAUAUCCAUACAAAAUAAUUUGCAUGUUUUAAAGAAAACGAAUGAUCAGAGGACAAAAUAUCUCCGGUGAUAUCGGCUCGUUGUACAAAGAUCGACAGCUUUCCCAGCAUCCUCUCUGGCAUUUUUGUGUCUUAAAACGUGUAAAUAUCUUUCUACAGUCGUCAGAAUAUUUCUCUAAAGCACCUUUUUUUGUACAGGAUGUUAUUUUGUGUUCUGGGAGUUUGUGCAUUUUUAGGGAACCGUCUCGACACGAAAGGAUCGCGCUCACAGUCUCAGCCGGCGUCUCUUCAUGCGUCGCCGUGACGGCAGAGAGCGGGCGGAUUCAAACUCGUCUUUGUGAUUCUUAACCGCUAAACUCGACCGCUCUGAAGGUUUCUCUCUUCAGUCACGUUUCUAAAAACAACUCACAGAUUUUGCAGCUGCACAACUUCUGCUGUUAUUUUUAUAUUUGGGGAACAGUCCAACAUUUAGGGAGGGAUGGGGAUCAAAACCCAGGUCUAUUGAGGACCCAGCUUCUUUUAAAAAAAAAAAGAAUGUUUGAGUUUAUCAAAAUGUCCUCAAAUCCUAAAUAUGUCCUGUAAUCCCGCUGCUACUUUUUGACAAGAAACCUGAAUAAUGCAGCUGUUUGAGCAAGAUAAAGUGGAGAGUAGAGAAAGAAUUACGACCUGUUUAACGUCCGAUCGUGAGCUCUAAUUAUACGUCAUUAAAACUACGGAUGCCAGGAUUCUUCAAAGUAAAUGAUUAAAUUAAAAUACAGUCGUUUAGAUUUAGACAGAUAUUUAUUCUGAACAUGUAAAACAAACAGAGAAGAUAAAAAUCCAACAAAACGGCAUUUACAAGACAGCAGUUAUAAAUGUCGGACUGUUCCUUUGAUCCUCAACGGUUUCCCGUUAAGAAACUGUCUGAAUGUCGUCUGAUCUUCUGAUUUAAUGAAAAUCUCUUAAUAUUUAAAGACCUUAAAAAAAGUGACUGUAUUUAGUGACGAUAAAUAUACGGAGGACCAAACCUGCGUCACGAGGAGACAAAUAGAUUAGUGGAUGAUGUAAAAACAUCAUCAAAUGAAUACUGAAAGUAAAAAAACUGUUAUUUUUUAAUUAUUUAACUCAUAAAUGAAAUGUAUUUCCCUCAGCAGAAGUCUUUUUAUAUUUUUCCUUGAGUAUGUAAAUAAGGCAAUCACCUAAAGAAUUUACCCUCAAAUUCUGAUUCAGAUAUUUAUUCCACAUUAAUGGAUGUGUUUAUAUGUUUUUGUGCCUUUAGUUGUUUUUUUAAAUUUGUGUUUAUUAUUAUGUUUAUCUCAGCGUUUCACUUUGCUCACAAAUUUAUCUCCUAAUGAGUCAGGUUUGUUCUCAAAAGCGUUUUCUGGAGCAGCUUUUGGUUUUAGCAGCUUGCUCAGCGGCACGCUGGCAGAUAGGGGACUUGAACCUGUGACUUGAACCACUGGUCCACCCUGCACACGAUGUUCCUCACUCAGUCGACCACUGUUAACCUCCCUGUACCUCCUAUUUAUUUGAUCUAAUGUAAAUAGCAACAAAUCUUUAUUUCUAUAACUGUGGUUAUGUGUGUGUUGUAUGUCCAAACACGUUUAUGUGUCAUCAGGAGACAUUUGAUCAGUUCCUCAUUAAAACCACACAUACAUGA